UGACAGGAGACUGCCAGACAUUCCCAGCAGACCCUCGCGAUACGUUUGGGUCUGACCGGCAUCCUCCCCCACCAUUUGAGCCAACUCACCACCAGGUAGUGGUCAGUUGACAGCUCCGCCCCUCUCUUCACCUGAGUGUCCAAGACAUGCGGCCUCAGGUCAGACGAAACAACAACAAAAUCGAUCAUCGAGCUGCGGCCUAAGGUAUCCUGGUGCCAGGAGCACAUAUGGACACCUUUAUGUCUGAACAUGGUGUUCAUUAUGGACAAUCAAUGACUGGCACAGAAGUCCAAUAACAAAACACCACUCGAAUUCAGAUCGGGGGGCCGUUCCUCCCAACCCCACCUCUCCAGGUCUCACUGUCGUUGCCCACAUGAGCGUUAAAGUCCCCCAGCUGAACGAGGGAGUCACCGGAAGGAGCGCUUUCCAGCACCCCCUCCAAGGUCUCCAAAAAAGGUGGGUAGUCUGAACUGUAUGUGGCAAGAUGGAUAAAUGAGGGCCCGGGCGGGAUUCGAUCCCCAGACUCCCGGGUGAGAGUCAUACGCUCUAAUCAGUCAGCCAAAGUGACAUCCCCUUGGCCAAGCAGCCAGGGCGCAUGAUCAAUCGGGACAUUGUGACAGGAUGCUCACACUGUCACAUCUUCCCCCCUCUUUCCACAAGCACGUCCUCAUGCUCCCACACAGGGUGCCACAAACUUCACAUUCAUGGACCUACUUCACCGUACUACAUGGAUCCUGCCAACAACGCCAAAUGUGGCAAGGUGGAGAAAUGAGGGCCCAGGCGGGAUUCGAUCCCCAGACUCCUGGGUGAGAGUCAUACGCUCUAACCAGUCAGCCAGAGGGACAUCCCCUUGGCCAAGUAGCCAGGGCGCAUGAUCAAUCGGGACAUUGUGACAGGAUGCUCACACUGUCACAUGUAGUUUGGUGCAUAAGCACAGAUCACAGUCAGAACCCGUCCCCCCACACGUAGGAGGAGGGAGGGUACCCUCUUAUUCACGUAAACCACAAUGUACAGGCACCAAGAUGGGGGGGCAACUAGUAUGUCCAACCCUGCUCAGCGCCUCAGUGGGAGCAACUCCAGAGUGGUAGAAAUUCCAACCCAUCUCAAGGAAACUGGUUCCAGAGCCAUGCGUUGAGGUGAGUCCGACUAUAUCUAGUUGGAACCUCUCAACCUCACACACCAACUCAGGCUCCUUCCCCACCAGAGAGGUGACAUUCCAUGUGCCAAGAGUCAAUCAUUCGUAAACAUGGCCUAUCAUUCCAUCUCUAUGCUGACGAUUGCCAGAUUUACUCUCCAUUGUGUCAGGAGAAAGGUCACUCUAUCCAGUCCUUUGUGUCCUGUCUUAACGAGGUGAAUUCUUGGCUAAUGGCCAACUAUCUGCACCUGAAUGAGGGAAGGACAGAGCUCAUUGUUUUUCACCCCAGCAGCAGGGCUGUGGGUUGUUAUGUUGAUCUUGGCCCUCUUUCUCCCUACUCAAAACCAGUCGUCACCAGUUUGGGGGUGAAAGUUGAUGAUGGACUUAAAUUUGAUGCUCACAUCAACUCUGUGAUCCGGUCCAGUUUCUUUCACCUGAGACGCCUUGCAAAAAUCAAGCCUAUGCUGUCAAGAGCCCACCUGGAGCGGGUACUGCAUGCCUUUGUAAUUUCUAGGCUUGAUUACUGCAACUCUCUAUAUGCAGGUUUGUGUCAGUCAUCACUGCGUCGCCUACAGGUUGUGCAGAACAGCGCAGCCAGGUUCCUGACUGGGACCAGGAAACGGGACCACAUCAUUCCGGUUCUGGCCUCCCUGCACUGGCUUCCGAUUUGUUAUCGUUCACACUUCAAACUCCUCGUCUUUGUCUACAAUUUCUUCCAAAGUGUCGUACUCGUGGGGACCGGGCUUUCUCAGUCCUAGCACCGUCACUCUGGAACCAGUUGCCACCCUCAGUUAGGCUGUCCCCAUCUCUGCCAGUCUUUAAGAGUCACCUAAAAACCCACCUCCUCCGCUUGGCGUUUCCUGAACAUGUUUGAAUUUGGCCAUCUUUAAUGUUAAUUUUAUUUCCCUGUUUUCAUUGGUUCACUCUAUCCCAUUUGUCUUCUACUAGAAUGUUUUACCUUUUUUUGUCAUUUGUAAUUUGAACUGCUUUUAUUUUCGAUUUAUUCACCAUAUUUAACUUUGUCAUGUACUAUGUUCAGCGCCUUGGGCUACCCAACAGGGUUGCGGAAGGCGCUAUAUAAAUAAAGCUUUGAUUGAUUGUGUAAAGAAAAUAUUGACUGGCUCAGUUAUAUUGUAAAACUGGCUGGCUGGUCAUAUUGUAAGGAGAAACUGUCUUUACUCAGUUUUAUUGUUAAGAAGACUCAAAGGUUGUUUUCAUCGAUAAACUGCCGAUAAUA